CACUCCGAGAAGCUGAGCGUCGUAGCGACAUGAAGCUGGAGGUAGCUUCAGAAGAGCUGGCCAAGAUGAUCAAGAAGGCUUUUCGAGCCGAGCGUACACCGUCAAGAGCACACACUGGUCCGCUCACUUGCACCCACAAAUACAACCCAGUCAACGAUGAUAUGAUGCACCAAGAUGCACUCUUGGAUGUCUUCGAACAUUUCUUGCAUCAUCAACCAGUCAUCAAUGUUCAACCAGGGCCUAUUUUGAGCCUCAAGAAAUACCCGAUUCUAGAGCAAGGAAGGGCUCUCGCCAAGCUGAAGCUGUCCCGCUUCCUAAGUAAUGCUGAUGUGUAGCACGUUGGAACCUUCUGUGGGGGAAUGAUGGUACGCAAUGAUGGUAUGCAAUUGUGCUUUCUUUGGCAAACGAGCAUGUUGACCCUUCAGUUUUCCUGCUGCUUCGUUGGCUCAAGACCAGCUUGAAGGGCACCACCAUGAGGUCUAACUGGGAGAAAUGGCGAUCGAGGUGGAAGGCCGUUGCCUGUGCGGUCGCACUGCAGGCACUCGUUCCUCUUUGGGCAUCUGGCCUUGCGGCUACGGCACCUCCGCCGAUGCUUCAGAAGAACUCACAGAGCUCAAAAAGUUCUGAGUUGCAACCAGUGUUUCCUGGAAGCGUAAAAAUCCCAAAGGAGGCACCAAUCUCCCGCUUCGUUGAGAGGGUUCAGCCGUACCGCGCCACCGGCAUGAUUCAAAAGCCGAGAUUUUGGCACGGACGAGGCUAUGGCAAGCAUCCAUUUCUGGUGCGAUCCUGGAAAACUCUGCAAAAGGAGAUGAAGAAGAGACCUUCCAUGGCGAUACCUGGAAAGGUCGCAAGGCCCACGCAGAGAGAGCAGAUGCUGCGGAGAAUGUUGAUUGGAGGGACAGCGCCAGAGGUGGAGCAAUUUGACCGGGUGAUUCAGGUCUUUGCACAGCGCGCUCGUCAAGAAGUGCGUUAUCCUCUGUUGAUUCAACGCCAAGAAUAUGCCAAGCGUGCCAAGGGUUGGGCCUGGGAGAUGCUUCUCAACGACCUGGUGCCAAGUAGGAAGACCUACAAGUUGUUGAUUCUUGCCUUCGGUGCGACCGGGAAUCAUGCCGCGGCUCGCUGGUGGAUCGAAUGGCAAAAGAAGGCUUACGGAGAGGCCACGAGCCGACUGGAGAUGAAUUGCAUCAUUGAAGCUUAUGCAAAAGCUGGAAGGCCCAUUGAGGCAACAAGGCACUUGCGAAAGAUGCUAGACAUGGACCUCCGGCCCGAUGCUCGAAGCUUUGCGAGCGUCAUUGAGGCCUGGGAGCACAUAGGGAACCGGUAUCAGAUGUUGAGAUGGUUGAAAUUGUACCUUAGAGCCGAGCGGAUGCACGUCACUGGAGAUCCCAUCGAUCCGCGUGAUGCUGGGCUUCCGUUCUAUGCCAUGGCUGAAUCCUAUGUGAAGGUUGCUGAUGCAGUCAGGACCAUGAGCUUACUGAAGGCCGUGAAGGACAAGGGAGUGCCCCUGAGUAUUGAGGCAUACCGCCUCCGCCUGGAUGUUCUGCUCCGUGUCCGGGGCAGGCGGCGGUCAAUCGAUCAGAUUCACCGUGCUCUUGUUGAUUUUGUGAAAAAUUGGCCGCAGAACGGGCCAAUCUUUUCACAGGAGCUCUACAAGAGAACUUGUGAUGCCCUUGGCAAGGAGCGCGUCGUGGGGGUCUUCGCAGUCCACACUGAGAACGGUGGUGAAGGCCUUGUGGCGGAGGACAAUCUGCGGUAUGAUGCCCUUCAGCAAUGGCAGACUGCCAAUCUCAAUGUUGCGAUCAGCAGAUCGUUGAGACACAAACCCAUUUCUGGCACCUCGCUGCUUUUGGGCGAAGAGGACGACAAGGGCACCUUUAACAAGAAGAAGAAGGUGCGAGGACCUGCGAAGGUUCCAAACCUCGACCAGGGCUUCCGAGUUCUCAAGAGAACAGCAGGUUCUACAGGCCUUCCAGAGUGGAUGGGACUUAAAAAGCCUAUUCGCUACGGCACGGCCAAGUAGAGGAAGAAUUCCAGCUAGCCGAAAGCGAAGAAGGAGUGGAGAAACAUGGAGAAGGGAGGUGGCUUCUAUGUGGCCAGUUGUGGCUGGUUGCUAGUGGCCUUGAGUGUGGCACUUGCCAAAAAGUCGCAGCACAAUUCACCAGACCGAGAAGAAUCUCCGACGAGACCCUCACAUCUUGCGAGAUUACUGCGGGACUUGACGAUCAGGUCAAGUGAAUGACUGUGCUGUGAGG